UCAAGUGUCUGUGAACAGCGUGUGUACUCCUAAUCCUCCUAGAUUAACUACUAGGCUACAUAAACCUUACUGCAGGCCUUAACCGGAAUAUAAACAGCAACAUUUACUAAGUGGUCAAAUCAAUAAUUGAUAGCUUUACAACUUUAACUAUGUUCAAGUGUAUUUUCAGACCAGCAGUGAUUCUGCGGUUUGCUGUUAUUUGUAUGAUAAUUAUGAGCGUUCAGAUCGUCUCUUCCUGUGAUAUCUUCACGUUUCUGAGAAUGGGGAAUUUUACAUCCUCCACAUCUCUGUCCAGCACAUCAUGUGCACAGUAUGUUCGGGAGAUGGUGUCCCAGAACUGUGUUGUAAUAUUUUCCAAGACCACCUGUCCUUAUUGCAAAAUGGCCAAAAAUGUGUUCAAUGAAAUUGGUGCGACCUACAAAGUGAUUGAACUGGACGAGCACAAUGACGGGAGGAGACUACAAGAGGCUUUGGCUCAGCUGACCGGCACCAACACGGUGCCGAGAGUCUUCAUUAAUGGAAACUGCAUUGGAGGUGGCUCUGAUACCAAACAACUCCAUCAACAGGGGAGGUUGCUGCCCCUGAUCCAACAGUGUGCUCCGUGCUGUGUGGCCAGCUCCGACGGCUCGGGCAGCGGCCAGUUUGAGGCCGCUAAAUGACUAACCGUUCUUGUAGUUUUUGUCAAUCCUGUAUUCAACAAGUGUAUGCUUGAUCUUGUGCUACAAGUUGAACAUUGCUUGAGCAUGUCUGUUAUUUAUUUAUUUAUCAAAGUGCAUUGGAUACUUGAUGUUGGGCUACGUAUAUUUCCAUCCAGUGAUGUAAACUAUUACUAUUAUUAUUAUUAAAGCUGCCAUCUUUUAAACAAAACCUGUGAAUAGUGGAACUACUUUUCAUUUGCUUGUUUGUAUUAUUGAACAAUAUUACAGACAUAAAAAAGCACAAUCUCUCAGAAUCAAGCAUCAUCAAACUGUGAACAUCAUAGGAUUGUAUAUCUUCUCUGAGUGUAUUUGAGGUCAUUGUUUAUAUGAUUUAGGAUUUAAAGAACUACAGCUAUU